AUGAUCAAUAUUUUGAAAAUUUAUUUUUAUGUUAUUUACAUUAUCUUAAAUUAUAGUUGUCAUUUUUCUUGUUUAGUUGUUAAUGUUAAAGAUCAGGAUGGCAGUGUUAUAAAAGAAAUAAUAUAUGCAAAUAUAACAGAUGAUACAAUCACACUAGAACUACAACUACCGGACUCUACAUUAAUCACACAACACAUUGAUUUCACAAAGGAAGUUCAAAUAGUACAAGUGUUGUUCCUUGGAGAAGAAGAACGUGGUCAAAAGCCAUAUCAAAUACUUUGUUUUGUCAAUCAUGUUCAUGCAAAUGAAUUUAUAUCACCAGAUGCAAUGUCAAAACUCAGACAAAAAAAUCCUGGUACAAUUCGAGUUGCAGAAGAAAAUAAAGGUGUAUUUAAUAUUACAAUAGAUAUGAAAAUUAAAUCAAAAGAUAGUAAUUAUAUAUCACAACAUGUUGGAUCAUUAUGUUCUGAAGCACAAGAUACAACUUUUACUAGCAAAGUUGACAUUGAUAAAUGGGCUACUGUACCGGGAAUGUACUUGGGAAAUUUGUUACAAGCUGUUGAAUAUAUUAACUAUAAAUCGCCAAACUCUAAUUUGAAACUAUGUCGAGAUACAGGUAAAGUAUGGUCGCACUGUUUAUGUACAAUGAAAGUAACCAUUCCUUGGUAUCCUUGUGCUUUAAAAUUCUGCAAAGACCAUAUUGGUAAAAAGUCAACAGCGGUUGAUAGUUAUCGAUGUGGUAUACAGACUUGUGGUAAAAUUAUGAAUUUUAUGUACAUUGUUAAACACAAGCAACAUUGUUUGACCAUUGAAUAA